AUGUAUCCAACUACUAAUGGUCGUCGUUUUAGUAUAAAAUAUUAUCAAUUAUAUGAAUGGUUGGAAUAUUCAAUUUCCUUAGAUGCGCUUUAUUGUUUUGUUUGCCGACAUUUUGCUGCCAGUAUUACUGCACCAGGUGAAGUUUUUGGAAAAUUAAGUUUUGUUGAUUAUGGUGCUACCUCUAAACAAGGGUUACCAUUUCGGGGAAAUAAUGAAUCAAGAAAUUCCAAAAAUAGGGGAAAUUUUUUAGAACUUUUGGAUGUGUUUUGUGAUGCAAAUAUGAAAGAAAGACUUGCAUCAAGGUAUGGCCACUACACAAGUCCAGAAUAUCAAAAUGACUUAAUUUCAUCUAUAGCUAAAUGUACUAGACAAAAAAUUUUAAAUAAAAUUAAUCCACUAGGUCUUUUUACAAUCAUGGUAGAUGAAACCAAGGACAAAUCUAAAAAAGAACAAAUGGUAAUUGUCUUACGGUUUUUGGAUAGUGAUAUGAAUAUUCACGAGAAAUCUAUUGGUUGCUUUCAUAUGUUGAUUUCUAAUGCUGAUAGUUUGUCAAAAAAAAUUAUUGAUACAGUUUUGGAUAAUAAAUUAGAUUUACAAAAUUGUGUGGCUCAAUGUUAUGAUGAUGCUAACGUUAUGAGUGGUAUCCACUCAGGUGUUCAAGAACGAAUACUUAAUGUUUCAAUUUUUUCAACACUGCAAGAUCUCUAUAAAUUUUUUAUGAAUGGACAAACUAGGUAUGAGUUAUUUGUUAAAGCACAACAGGCAAAAGGAUUACCCGUAUUACACCUAGAAAGAUUAGUUGAAACUAGAUGGGCUUACUGGUUUGGAUCAAUUAGUAAAAUAAAUUUGCGGUAUACAGAAAUUAUUGAAGUACUUACUAUACUUAGCGAAAAUGAUGACCAAAAGGCAAGAGCUCUAGGAAUUUUAAAAGAAAUGAAUACACUGUCAUUUAUUAAAAUAUCACAUGCUAUGGAAUCACUUCUUAGAGCCAUCCACUGUGCAUCAAAGGCUCUCCAAGACUGUUCUAUUAUUUUACCAGUUGCCAUUGAUUUAAUUAAAUCUACAAAACGAUAG